GAGAGAAGAAGAAUUUGGUUGUUACUGAGCCGUUUAGCCCACUCCAACAAUUCACUGGGGGCUGGAGGGGGGGCGGGGGGUCGCCCUGACGAGUUUUAAACCUGAAUUUUGAACCCUGACCAUACGUUUCGCUCCGCUCCGGCCACUUCUCCCAAUGUCGGAUUUCAAGCUCGGGAUUGUUCGCCUCGGCCGUGUGGCCGGUAAGACAAAGUACACUCUGAUUGAUGAACAGGACAUACCACUGGUAGAAAAUUAUGCCUUUGAGGCACGCAUGGAGGUAGAUGCAGAUGGCAACGGGGCUAAGAUCUUUGCCUAUGCUUUUGACAUUGGGAAAGGGCGCUGGGCAGGCAGGCCACUGCAUGAGCUACUCUGGGAGAAACACAGAGGAGGCAUUGCACCCAGUUUCCAAGUCGUCCACAUUAACUCCGUGACAGUAGACAACCGGCUGGACAAUCUCCGCCUGGUACCAGUGGGUUGGAGCACCAAGCCAGAGGAAAUUUCAAGCAAGCAGAGAGAACAGUCUCUGUACUGGCUGGCCAUCCAGCAGGUGCCGGCUGAUCCAGUGGAGGAGCAGUACCUUGAGUUGAGCCGCACACGCUACUACAACGCUAACGGGGAGCUGGUGGAAGAGGAGGAGUGCUCCUGCACCUACUACGAGUGUCACUAUCCCCCUUGUUCUCUCAUUGAAAGGAGGCUGCGAGAGUUCAACAUCUGUGGGCGCUGCCAGGUGGCACGCUACUGUGGUUCCCAGUGUCAGCAGAGGGACUGGCCCGCCCACAAGAAGCAGUGUCGCGAGCGCAAGCGUGUGAUGGCCCUGGAGUCAGACCUUGAACGAUGAACGAUGAUCCUCCUCCCUCCAGCUUAAACAAGGAAGGAAGGAGAGGGAGACGGGAGGCAGGGGAGUGGGGACUAAGUGCAAAAUGGGGAGGGGGGUUAACUGCUGAAAGACUUAACAACGGAGGACAAUGUUGGUUGCUUGAAUGAUUAAUGGAGUGUAAUGGGUGAGCAAGGGAAGGAGAAUAAGACAAAAAGACAACUACCACUUCCCUGAACUGGUUAAUCUCCAUUGCUUGCUUUCCAUGUGGAUGGGGAUGAUGGGGGAAGGUAUUUUGUUUCUUUUUUUUUUUUUUUUUUGUCUUUUGUUUUUUGUUUUUGAUUGUUUCUCGAGGAGGGACACCCUUGAGCUUCACCUGCUGCUAUAGUUUUUAUAUGUAAGGAGGUAAAAGAAGUUGUCCCACUGAUAAAGCCUGGGUGAGAUUCUUCGGACUACAGUUAAACACGGACGGUUGUCAUCCACUUUAUUCCUUUGUCCCAGCAACUAGGUAUGACGACGUCUGUGCACAUGGGAAUCUAGGGGCUCCAGUACCUGGUAUAAGCUGGUACAAUGGGACAUGGACCUUCUCACUGUACUGCUCCCUUUUUUGAAUUUUGGUGCACAUGGCUACAGUCGUCUUGGCCAUAGGCCAAUUCUCUGCCUGUUAUGCUCUCCUAUUGUGACCAACAACUAUAUGCAGCAGAUAGAUUUCACUGAUUAAAUCACACUACCAGUAUUUGUGUGUGUGUGUCUUUGUGUGUGUGUGUGUGUGUGUGUGUGUGUGUGUGUGUGUGUGUGUGUGUGUGUGUGUGUGUGUGUGUGUGUCCAUUAUGGACUGAAAGACAUAGUUGAACGUGGGUGAUGGAUGGGACUUAAGAUUUCUGUUUUGUUAAUGGGCAAUUAAUAAAUUAUCUUAAAAUUUUUACAAUUAUUUUGGAAAAUAUGGAAACGAUUUCCCUUUAUGUUAUGAAAUAGCUGCUAAAUAAGGGCUUUUGAUUUUUUUUUUUUUUCUAGAUGAGUUGCUUUGGUUGAUAGCUUUAAAUGCUAAUCUCAUUUGGGCUGUGAAAACAAGUGUUAAAAUUUGCCAGAUCAACAAGUUCAACUUUGUUUCCAGGAAAUCUGCUAAAUUUACUACAUUACAACUGGACAUUGUCUUGAUUGGCACCCCUCCCUUAUCUGUGCUUCCAAUUAGUCAGAUUUGACAGAUUUUGAUAGUCACACGAGCCCAUACCACCUUACCCCAGAAUCAGAAUUAUCUUUAUUGGCCAUGUAGGGUUGCACCUACAUGGAAUUUGACCCCGGUUUCACCGCGCUCUGUUAACGUCGAAUAACAACAACAGCAACACAAUAAUCUUCAUACUAUGUAUAUAUAUAUAUAUAUAUAUAUAUACACACACAUAUAUAUACACACACACACAGCAGGCUUUUGUCAUUUUUUUAGUUUUUGGGUGGGCAGGGGAGUUAGGACUACAUGGUCUUGUGUUCUGUGUAAAAAUGUACUGUUGUGUUUCUUAAGAACUUAUCGGUGGACAUCUUGCAACAAAUUUCCUUGGAACUGUUUUGAAACAAAUCCUGAAAAUUAAAAA